AUGAAUAACUUAACAGAGAAUUUCUCACGGCAAAACUUCUCAACUGAAGAAACUUUAGAGGAUCUUACGCUUGAUACAGAGACUAAAGUUAUUUUCACAUUCCUGGGUAUUACAGCUCUUUUAAUAACGGUAGCGAACAGCCUGGUGCUUGUCUUAGCGUGGAAUAUGAAAUUUUUGCGUACAAAAACCAACUUAUUUCUUCUGAGUUUGGCGGCAAGCGAUCUACUGUCUGGAAUCUUAGUUAUUCCUCUGGUUAUUGCAUGUAAUUUGGUGUACGAUUCUAAUUCUGAACAGAUCUGUAUAGCUAUGGAUAUUUGUCAACGUGGACUGGCAAUCUCAACUAUUUUACAUCUGGCGUGUGCAGUCAUUGAGCGAUAUCUGAAAAUUUCCGCGCCUUUUAAGUACGUAUCUUUAGUUACAAGACCAAGAAUUCUUAAAGUGCUAUUUUCUGUUUGGAUAUCCGCCAUAUCUAUAUCCCUUGUGCAGUUGGUUUGGUUUGCUCCGAAAGAACAGGAGAGUGCAAACUCUCAAUAUCUUAUAUACAACGUGAUGGUUCUCUGCCUUUUUGUGUUUGUUCCGUUUAUAGUAACCCUAGUAGCGUUUAUUCGGAUAUUUAUCAUAAUGAAAAACAGCCAAGAGUGCCGUAAGAAAAUGAUCUACAGAACGCCUUCAAGUGUACAAAAGAGAACACGGAGUGUUAACGGAAAACGUUCUCUACUCAUUUACCUCACAAUGCUUAUCUGCUUUGUUCUCGCGUGGUUUCCAUAUUUUUUCUUGACAAUAUUUAUAGACAUGAACUCUUCCAUUGUCGAAGGUAUACCAGCUUGGAUAAAUGUGAUGUUCUUGUUUCUCAAAACCAGCUCCGCACUGUUCAACCCGCUACUGUUUACAUAUUUCAAGGCAGAUUUCCAGAAAGCUCUCCGCAACAUCUCUAAUGGCUCAUGGAAAAACGCUUCUGUUACAUCUGCCAACAUCGCGAUUAUGAGGAAAAGAACCAUGUCAAAUACAUUAACGACACAAGCGGGGAAAGAUACAGAGCUAAAAAGCAAGAGACCAUGAUUGGACAGAGAGGAUGUCUCCCAGUCUUGCCCUUAGGCAAAAACAGUUAUUUUUAGAAACUAUGCGAACAAUGCGAAAACAGUUUCCGGUAAACUGAUUCACUUCUGCAAGACUCGCUUUCAUGUUUCAGUGCAUUAAAGCGAGUCCUAUUACGGUCUCUCGAAAGAAGUCAUAAUUUUGUUAACAGCAAGAAGGUUCAGACGAAGAAUGCUGCAAUGAGGUAGAACUCAAGGCAAACUUAGUAAUAGGUGCCAUUUGACUAGAGCACCAAGCGAAACCUGUCCAUAAACAUUUCCCCCCGUUUUUUGGCAAAGAAUUUGGCGUGCACACGCCAAGCAGGAGAGAAAGAAAAAGGAAACUCUAUUUUCUCCUUUAGCCCCUCACACCCGCUUGCGCACGCAAACGGUCGAUAAAGCGAUAAAUCCCCC